UUAGUAGCAGCAAUAAUUAGCACAUACACUUAAAAUAAUUAGAAAUACAAAAUAAUUAGCAAAACAGUAUUUAAAAUGCAACUAAAAUCAAUCCUUGCACAUUUUUAAACAUUAUGUAUUAAAAAUAAUAUGGCGGCAAAUAAAUGAUGGUUUACAGUAUUUUCGGUGGUUUCCGGAACGGCUCGACAGACUACGCCAUGGUUUUACUGUUUUUUACUGCUGUACAGUUCCGGAAUAAUAACCGACGCUAUAUCGUGAUUUUACCAUGACGUAUUAGACUGGUCUACUGUGACCUCACAGUAACCUCUCCAUCGUCUCUUGCAGUGUGGGGAAUGGGAUACAGAGAACUUUUUAAUAAAGUGAUGUAACUAGCAACUGACUUUAAAACCAUGAGUAAACGCAAGAUAGAAACGGACAAUCCUAAUUCUGAUUUCUGUGACUUUUUGAUGGAAUUGGCAAAUUAUGAAAAAAAUGUCACAAGGGCUAUUCAUAAAUACAAUGUGUAUCGUAAAGCUGCUGGUGUUCUUGCUAAACAUCCUGUGAGAAUACAAAGUGGAGCAGAAGCAAAAAAGCUUGAUGGUAUAGGCGAAAAAAUAUCUAAAAAAAUUGAUGAGUUCAUCAAUACAGGAAAGCUUAAAAAACUAGAAAAGAUCAGAGCAGAUGAUAGCAAUAUGGCAAUAAAUGAACUUACCAAAGUAACAGGCAUAGGACCAGCAGCUGCUCAGAAAUUUGUGUCGGAAGGAAUCUUGUCAAUAGCAGAUUUGAAACAACAUACUGAUAAGCUGAAUCAUCAUCAAAAGAUUGGGCUAAAACAUUUUGAAGACUUUGAAAAAAGAAUUCCAAGAGAAGAAAUGAUAAAAAUACAGGACAAAGUCACUGAAAUUAUACUUAGUAUUGAUAAAGAUUAUCAAGUCAAAGUGUGUGGAAGUUUCAGACGAGGUGCUGAGAGUAGUGGAGAUAUUGAUUUUCUUCUAACCCAUCCUAAAUUCACUUCUACUUCAGAAAAAAUGCCUCAUCUUCUGCACAAUGUCAUUAAAAAGCUGGAAGAAGCAGAACUUAUCACAGAUACUUUAUCUCACGGGGACACAAAAUUUAUGGGAGUCUGUCGAUUGUCUAAAGAUAAAGAUGGGAAGGAGUAUCCUUUUCGAAGACUUGAUUUGAGGUUUGUUUAA